AUGUCGUCCGCCGACACCAAGUCCGUCUCGGACUAUGACAUCGAGAAGAACCACUCCCCCACCAAUGAGUCCACCAACCAGGUCGCCAUCGCCGGCCCCGCUGCGCCUCGCGUCAGCAUCAAGGUGCCUCGCACACAGACUACCCAGACCACGCGCUCCCACAUCCCCAUCGGUUUCCGCACCUUGAGUAUCCAGGUGUACGAAUCCCAGGGUAUCGACUCGGCAAAGGGCGGCAAAGCCAACCUCUCCGACACCGAGUUCUUCGGCUCUCUCGAUUUCCACACCGUCGAGCCAGAAGCCCUUGCGCAGAAGUUCAACGUGUCCACCAGCGCCGGUCUUGACGGCCAGGCCGCUACUCGUCGCCUCGAGCGCAACGGCAAGAACGUGCUCGUUCAGAAGAAGAACAAGUACUGGCUCAAGCUCCUCAACUACACCUUUGGAGGCUUCUGCUCCAUCCUGUGGAUCGGUGUCAUCAUCUUCUUCAUCUCCUGGAAGCCGCUCGGCAACCCUCCUCAGCCUUACAACCUCGCCCUCGCCAUCGUCGUGCUCAUCGUCAUCUUCUUCCAGGCCCUCUUCAACGCCUUCCAGGACUACUCCACCCAGAAGGUCAUGAACUCCAUCCUCAACCUCCUCCCCGAAAACGCAGUCGUGAUCCGCGAUGGCGAGCACCGCUCGCUUCCCGCUUCCGAACUCGUCGUCGGCGACGUCGUCGUCCUCUCCACCGGUAACAAGGUGCCGGCCGACAUGCGCAUCAUCAAGGCCUCCGCCGAUCUCAAGUUCGACCGCUCCGUCCUCACCGGCGAAUCCGAGGAGAUCUCGGGCACCGUCGAGUCGACCGACUCCAACUUCCUCGAGUCCAAGAACAUCGCGCUCCUCGGCACCCACGUCUGCAACGGCAACGCCGUCGGCAUCGUCGUGCUCACCGGUCAGCGCACCGUCAUGGGCCGCAUCAACAAGCUCACCAACGACGACAAGGACAAGCCCACCCAGCUCCAGAAGGAGAUCUCGCGCUUCGUCUUCAUCAUCAUCGGCCUCACCGUCACGCUCGUACUCAUCAUGCUCAUCACCUGGCUCGCUUGGCUCCGACGUGACCACCCCGCUUUCCUCAGCGUCGUCGGCAUCCUCACCAACCUCAUGAGCCUCGUCGUCGCCUUCAUCCCCGAGGGCAUGCCCAUCGCCGUCGCGCUCACGCUCUCGCUCAUCGCCCGCCGCAUGCGCGACGUCAAGGUGCUCCCAAAGUCGCUUGCCACCGUCGAGACCCUUGGAUGCGUCAACGUCAUCUGCUCUGACAAGACCGGCACGCUCACCGAGAACAAGAUGUCCGUCGCCUCCAUCGGCUUCGUUGACCAGGAGACGACCCGUGACGACAUCGCCAGCGUAGAGCAGACGGUUGCUUUCGACCACCUCAAGCACGGCAUGGCACUUUGCAACGACGCCUUCUUUGACCCGGCCACCGACAACCUCCCCAUCGCCGAGCGCACCAUCCAGGGCAACGCCACCGACGGUGCCGUGCUUCGUCUGUCCGCUUCGCUCCCCGGCUCGGACGACAUCAAGGCUGCCUACCGCCGCGUUUACGACAUCCCCUUCAACUCGAAGAACAAGUUCAUGCUCACCGUCAUGCGCUCCAACGCCGACAAUGCCGCCGCGACCUCGGCCGACGACAUGUACGUCAAGGGCGCUCCCGACGUUCUCAUGCCCCGCAUCUCGCACUACUACUCAGCCAUCGAUGGCGAGACCAAGGUCUUCGACGACGCUGCACGAUCCCAGCUCGUGAGCAGGCAGGAAACGUGGUCGCGUCGAGGCGAGCGUGUCAUCCUGCUCGCCAUGCGCCAGUUCCACGCCUACGCCAAGCCCGGCACCAGCGAGUACGAGGAGGAAGUCGCGACGGCCAGCGAAUCUGACCUCGUCGUCAUCGGUCUGCUCGGUAUCAUGGACCCUCCCCGCGCCGACAUCCCUCACACCGUCUCCGAGUGCCGUAGGUCCGGAUCGCGCUUCUUCAUGGUCACUGGUGACUUUUCGCUCACGGCUGCCGCCAUCGGCAAGAUGGUCGGCAUCUUUACCCACAACGGAGAGCCCGACCGCAUCGCCGACUUUGACUUCAAGAACCGCUUCGCCACCGAUGGUCCCGAGCUCAGCGAGAAGGAGCUCAAGAGGCUCAAUGGACCCAAGGACAUCAUCGACGCCGGCCUGCUCGUCGAGGGCAAGGAGAUCCCCGAGAUCACCCAGCAGCAGUGGGACGUCGUCUGCCGAUACGAGGAGAUCGUCUUUGCACGCACCACGCCCGAGCAGAAGCUGCGAAUCGUCAACGAGCUGCGCGACCGUGGAUGCGUCGUCGCCGUGACGGGCGACGGUGUCAACGACGCUCCUGCGCUCAAGGCCGCCGAUGUCGGUAUCGCCAUGGUUUCGGGCUCGGACGUCGCCAUGGAGGCCGCCGAUCUCGUCCUCAUGGGCGACUUUGGCUCCAUCGUCCAGGGCAUCCGUCUCGGACGACUCGUGUUCCAGAACCUGCAAAAGGUCAUCUCGUACCUGCUGCCCGCCGGCUCGUGGUCCGAGGACUGGCCCGUCGUGCUCAACGUCUUCUUCGGCGUGCCGCUGCCGCUCAGCUCGUUCCUCAUGAUCAUCAUCUGCUGCUUCACCGACCUGGUCUGCUGCCUCACGCUCAUCUUUGAAAAGGAGGAGUUCGACCUGCUCUCGCUCGAGCCCAGGAACACCAAGACGGACCACCUGAUCAACAAGGCGAUCUAUGGACAGAGCUACCUCUUCAUCGGCAUGAUGGAGACCGUCACUGCGCACUCGAUGUUCUUCCUCUACAUGUGGAGGUACGCCAAGAUCCCGAUCCGCGACCUUUUCUUUGCCUUCGAGAAGUUCGGAGAUGGCUUCCACGGCUACACGCUCGACGAGCUCAACCGCUUCCUCAACACCGGCCAGUGUGUCUACUUUGUCACGCUCGUCAUUCUGCAGUGGGGUAACCUGCUCUCGGUGCGCAACAAGCGUCUGUCCAUCUUCCAGGCCGACCCGAUCCGCAAGGAGCGUCGCAACCCGUGGCUCCUCGUGGGCGCACUCGGCGCGCUGGUCAUCGCCAUCUUUGUCACCGAGGUCAAGGGCAUCCAAAACCUCUUUGGCACCGCUUCCAUCCCCAUCGAGCACUGGUUCAUCCCCAUCCCGCUCGCCAUCGGCCUGCUGGGCAUGGACGAACUGCGCAAGCUCCUCGUCAGGACCUUCCCCAACAGCGUCAUUGCCAAGAUCGCUUGGUAA